GGUUAGCGGGCAUCGUGCUAGCCCAGCGGCUAUCGAUCCGUGUCUCUAUUAAGAUGUCUUCCACCAGAAAUUAAAAAAAAUGGAACUAGGGAAAGGAAAGCUACUAAGAACUGGCCUCAAUGCCUUAUACCAGGCCAUACAUCCUAUGCAUGGCAUCGCUUGGACAGAUGGCAAGCAAGUGAUCCUGACUUCUUUUUACCUACAUAACGGGGAACCUAAAUUUGGCAGCUCAAAUGUGGUCGGUCAGUUUGAACAUGUACAUGGACUUCACUGGAGUCUGUCUUGUGCUGAAGACGUCCCAGCGCUCCUUGCCAUUCAGCAUAAAAAACACAUCACCAUGUGGCAGCUCUGUUACAGCGCUUCCGAAAGGAACAAACUUAUGGUUUAUCAAAUUAGUGAAAUCGGCGAACUGUUUCCUAUACUCCCCCAGGGCUGCAUAUGGCACCCCAAAAGAGAAAUCUUGGCUGUGCUAACCACACGGGACGCUUCUGUCUUGCACACGGUUCGCCUCAACAAUUCCCGGGUAAAAGCAGACAUCAAAGGCACUGGGCUCAUCCACUGUGCCUGUUGGACUGAAGAAGGCAACCGCUUGGUGGUUGGAAUAGGCAGUGCCCUCCAUUCCUAUAUUUGGGAUGAUGAUCAGAAAACUCUGACCCCGUGUUCGUUUUGCCCAAUCUUUGAUGUAGGUGGCUACAUCUGUGCAGUUGAAGCCACUUUAAGUUCCCAAGUGGCUGUUGCGACCGAACUUCCGCUAGAUAAGAUAUGUGGCUUGAAUGCUGGGAUUGCCUUUGAAAUCCCAGCUGACACUGUAUCAGACGCCGUUCCUUCACAAACUACCUCACAGAGCUGUGAAGAAGAGUUCUCUGUGGAUGCUGGGAAAAAAUUGCUAGACCAAGAACAACCUUUACCAGUUGGAACAGUCGCACCUUCACCUGUGGAUCUAACCCAUGUCGUCCCCAGCAAACCUCGAUCCGAUAACACUCCUCUCCUUCAUCUAAGAGCAAAGGACUACCUCACAGGAAGUGGCCAAGAUGCUUCCCACUUGAUCUUGGUGACUUUUGAAAGAAAAGUGACAGCAACCCGAAGAGUCAGCAUCCCAGGGGUUCUGGUCCCCGAUAUAAUGACUUUUGACCAAAAAACUCAGACUGUGGCCAUAGCGUCCAACACUUGUAAUAUAAUUUUGGUUUACUCGUUAACUUCAUCCCACUUACCUAACGUUCAACAAAUUCCGCUUGAGAGAAGCGAAAGGCCAAAGGGGUUGUGUUUCCUAACAGAUAAACUAUUACUGAUACUGGUGGGAAAACAGAAAUUAACGGAGCCUGCUUUCCUUCCAUCCUCACGAUCAGACAAAUAUCUUCUUCGUUUGAUGGUCAAAGAAGUCGUAGGCAAAGAAGGUCCCUUUGCGCUUUCCAGUUCUGCUCCGGUCGCUUCUGUCACCCAGUCUGUGAAAAGACCGGCUCUCGAAACUCAUUCAGACUCUCACCCUCUGAGUGAUGGAUUGCUCCUCCCAGGCUGCACAACAAUUCACUCUCCUAGAAGUAAAAAAAAACUCAUAGAAGAAAUUAAGAGCCCCGCUAAUGAACAAAACUUGUUGAUGAGUGCAGUUGACUUCAAGGAAAAAAGCAUUUCCAAGGAUUUCCCCCAAAUUCUGGAAACUUUGGACACCGAACCAACAAACCGUUCUCUGGUUCUUCAAGGGGUUCAGACAUCUUCAGGAUUGGCUGACAUACCAGCUGCUCCAAACAACCAAGGGCAGAGAUCUCCUGAAACUUUAAAUUCCUCAAAUGUUAACAUCUUGCAAUGUGAAAAAGAAGGCAGUUACUUACCGAAAAAUCUUGAAAGGUUGUGUAGCAGUUUUACAGAGUUGCAGCAUCAGCUUUUUGAACUCACCGAGAUUCUGAAAUCUGGGAAAAAGACUCUUCCAGGGUACCCAUCUUCUCGUGAACCCUCUUUUGUUAAUAUCACUUGCCAGAAGGAUUCCUCUGGCUCAGUGACACUUGAAAAGCGAGCUUUCAUCCUCUGUGAUGGCAAACUUCGUUUAAACGUCGUUCAGCAGAUUUUCAACCUGGGUCUGGUCGAAAUGCAGCAUGAUUUGUCCUGGAUUGUUCUCACCGCAGAUAGCGAAGGGUUUAUUCCACUGACAUUCAGUACAAUGCAAGAAAUUGUCAUCAGAGAUGCUUGUGCCAACCCUCACGACGGUAGCAUUCAUUCUUCCAAAACGGUGGACAUCGUCAACUCUGCUGGAGACUACAGAAAGCUUUCUUCCCAAAGUUUGGAUCAGUCCACCAGUUCUUUGGAAGUACUGACAGAACAUUCUUACAGGAGUCUAGAGACCAGCAGUUCCUCUGAUCAAACCAGCCCUAAUUCAUAACUUGGAACUAAAGUUGUUCAUCUCCAGAACAGUUUUUUAGUUGUCCCUUAGGCCUGAAGCCUUUCAGCUGUGCAUAAUUAAAAUUGGAUGGGUUGUGCUUUUUACAUGAAUAUGUUUCACCACUCCUUAGAUGUUCCCUAGUUUGGACAGACUGUUUCCCCACAUUCUGCAGCUUAGUACAAACUAGAGGUUAUGUUUAUUUAAAAAUAUUUAUCAGCCUGCCUUUCUCCUGAGCAGCUUGUCCGGCAGAACAUUUAAAACACUCCCCCCUCCCCCACACACUUUGAGAGUUUGCACAUCAGGUUUGCAUGUUUCUCACACAGAGGAAAAAAACGCUUCUGGUUUACUAAAACAUCUUCAAACAUAGAUAUGUUUCCAGACAGUUGAACAUCAUGAGAAAUGUUUCUCUAUUAAUGGACAAAUGUAAACGUUAUUGCCAAAAGUAUAAGAUUUCUAGGGGGUUUUGUCGUUAGAAUUUAACUCAGGAGAAGUCUCAGUGGAGACCACACUGAAAAUGAUGUAUUAAUGUAACUUCCAGUUAACCUGAGAAUUUGGGCGCAUUUAUUACCAUGUCAUGUGAA